GUGUGGAGUGUUCGAGACAUAGUUCGUUUAUGUUUAUACUUUGUGGUCUUUGUCUUGAUUGUGCUUGUCAAGUUUUGUGACAAAUAUUGUGAAAUAUUAAUUUGUUUAUUUAUUUUAUAGAAAAGCUAUAUAGGUUUAUAUAUUGUUUAAGUUUAUAUUUCAUAAACAACAUUGGUGUUUUGAACAGAAUUUCAAACUCAAAAUGACAUUAUCAAACGAAAAUACUGUAUCUUCGGGAGAUGCCGAACCUACGAAGGAAUCGCCUCGAAUUUUAAAGUUGAGUGGGCAUGUUGGUUUUGAUAGUCUACCCGAUCAGCUAGUGAACAAAAGUGUUCAAACUGGAUUUGUCUUCAAUAUUAUGUGCAUUGGCGAAACAGGUCUUGGCAAAUCAACAUUGAUGGAUACUUUGUUUAAUACAAACUUUGAAUCUCAACCGAGUCCCCAUUCUUUACCAAAUGUGAGACUAAAGGCUCAUACAUAUGAGUUGCAAGAAAGCAAUGUUAAACUAAAGUUGAAUUGUGACACUAUUGGUUAUGGUGACCAAAUUAAUAAAGAGGAUAGUUUUAAAGCAGUUGUUGAUUAUAUUGAUGCCCAAUUUGAGGCAUUUCUUCAAGAGGAAUUGAAAAUUAAAAGAUCUCUUGCAAAUUGCCCAGAUGGAAGAAUUCAUGUUUGCUUAUACUUUAUUUGCCCGACUGGACAUGGUUUGAAAUCCAUUGAUCUUGUUUGCAUGAAAAAACUUGAUACCAAAGUCAAUAUCAUUCCAAUCAUAGCAAAAGCUGAUACUAUUAGUAAAACAGAACUUCAAAAAUUUAAGGCUAAGAUUUGUCAAGAGUUGGAAGCAAAUGAUGUGCGUAUUUAUCAAUUUCCAACAGAUGAUGAAUCAGUGUCAGAAGUCAAUUCAUCUAUGAAUUCUCACUUACCUUUUGCUGUUGUUGGUUCAACUGAAUUUGUUCGAGUUGGAAAUAAAAUGGUGCGCUCUCGUCAAUAUCCAUGGGGAACUGUUCAAGUGGAGAAUGAAGCUCAUUGCGACUUUGUCAAGCUACGUGAAAUGUUAAUUCGUACCAAUAUGGAAGAUAUGAGGGAAAAGACACAUGGCAAACAUUAUGAACUUUAUCGUAAAAAACGUCUUGAACAAAUGGGUUUUACAGAUGUGGACAAUGAAAAUAAGCCUGUGAGUUUUCAACAAACUUUUGAAGCUAAACGCACCCAUCAUUUGCAAGAACUUCAACAUAAAGAGGAUGAAAUGAGACAGAUGUUUGUAGUUCGAGUUAAAGAGAAGGAAGCAGAGUUAAAAGAAGCAGAAAAAGAGUUACAUUCCAAAUUUGACAAAUUAAAGAAGGAUCAUGCUGAAGAAAAACGAAAACUUGAAGAAAAUCGUAAAAAUCUUGAAGAUGAAAUAAUAGAAUUUAAUCGAAGAAAACAUCAAAUGGCAAUGUCCCACAAUACGUUAACACUUGGAAAAAAUAAGAAAAAAUAA